AUGAUUGCUAAGCUUUGCUGGCAGCUCAUCCUCUCUAAAGGGGUCAUUAGGGACAUUGAGAGGCUCUGUAUGCGGUUCUUUUGGAAAGGUAGUGAUACCUCAGCUAGAGGAGCUCGGGUGAGUUGGAGUCAGGUAUGUUCCUUGAGAUAUGAGGGUGGUUUGGGGUUAAGAAAUCUUGUUGUCUGGAGUAGAGCAUGCUGCCUUUUGCUUGUUAAGAAUAUUCUGGCAGGUGAAGGUUCACUUUGGAUUACUUGGGUUAAUGAAUAUUGUUUCAGAUCUGUGGAUUAUUGGAAUAUAGAGUGUAAUGCUCAUUUUAGUUGGAUCCUGAGUAAACUGCUUAAAUUGCGAGAGGAGGCUAGGAGGUUGUUUUAUCCUAAUGUUAAUUGGAUUCAAAUUAAGGGCAGUUGGAUCUGGGAAAACAUUCGGGACAGGAGGGAGAAGGUUAGUUGGCAUCGCCUUGUUUGGUUCCCUGCUCAUAUCCCAAAGUUUUCUCUAAUUUCAUGUAUGGUCAUUCUCGACAGAUUGCCUACAAAAGAUAGACUUGCACGGUUUGGAAUGUCUACUGAUAAUGUGUGUGAGGUGUGGGGUAUUAGGAUGAAAUCUCGAAACCAUCUCUUAUCUGAUUGUGCCUAUGCGAGGGAAGUGUGA